AUGCCCGUCACAACGUUUGAUUUCAAGGAGAAGUACCGCUACCAAGUCGGCUUCGAUUCGCACCUCGAAUCCGAAGCCGUCCCCGACUCCCUGCCCGUCGGCCAAAACGCCCCACAAAAGGCCCCCCACGGCCUCUACGCCGAGAAGCUCUCCGGAACCUCCUUCACAGCGCCGCGCCACGAGAGCAAGCAGGCCUGGCUCUACCGCAUCCUGCCUUCCUGCGCCCACCACCCUUACGCCCCGACCUCGGCCCCGUCCCCCGAGACCCGCGCCCAACCCUCCAGGCUGCAAUACAUCCCCAAUCAGCUUCGCUGGGAUCCCUUCGACCAUGAUGAGAGCAAGGAAUGGGACUUCGUCGCCGGCAUGCGCCUCGUCGCCGGCGCCGGCGACCCCACGCUGAAACAAGGCAUCGGCAUGUACGUCUACGCCGCCGGCCGGAGCAUGGACCCAAAAGCAGCCUUCUACUCCGCCGACGGCGACCUACUCAUCGUCCCGCAGGAGAGCACCCUGGACAUCCGCACAGAGCACGGCUGGCUCCUCGUCCGACCCCUCGAGAUCGCCGUCAUCCCCCGCGGCAUCAAAUACCAGGUCCACCUGCCCUCCGGUCCCGCGCGGGGCUACGCACUCGAGCUCUAUCAGGGCCACUUUACUCUCCCCGAGCUGGGCCCCAUUGGCACAAACGGCCUCGCCAACGCCCGCGACUUCCAGGUGCCCGUCGCCUGCUUCGACGAGGACUUUGGCGCGACGGCCUACGAGGGCGCAAACAGCUACACCGUCACCGUAAAGUUCAACAAUGACUACUUCCAGACCACGCAGCCGCACACCCCCUUUGACGUCGUCGCCUGGCACGGAAACUACUACCCCUACAAGUACGACCUCGGCCGUUUCAACACCAUUGGCACAAUCUCCUACGACCACCCGGACCCCUCCAUCUUCACCGUCCUUUCGGCGCCCAGCGGCGUCCCGGGAACCGCCAUUGCCGAUUUCGUCAUCUUCCCCCCGCGCUGGCUCGUCGCCGAGGACACCUUCCGCCCGCCGUACUACCAUCGUAACACAAUGUCCGAGUUCAUGGGCCUCAUCACGGGCGGCUACGACGCCAAGCGCGGCGGGAAAGGAGGCUUCGUGCCCGGCGGCGCUAGCCUGCAUAAUACCAUGUCGGGCCACGGGCCGGACGCCGAGAGCGGCGAGGGCGCCAGGAACGCGGAGCUGAAGCCUGCCAAGGUCGGCGAGGGGAGCUGCGCCUUCAUGUUUGAGAGCUGUGCCAUGGUUGGUGUUACUGAAUGGGGCUUGCGGACGUGUAAAAAGGUCCAGCAGGGGUACUCCGAGGAGAGCUGGGGCGGGGUGCCGGUGCAUUGGAAGAAGCCUGAGGGUGUUGUUUCCGGAGGACACUUGUUGAAAUGA